AGACAGGUGUGCGCGUUGCGGCUUUGCCGCUUGGCACUGGUCAGCGCUGUCAAAGGCGUUCGUGCGGGCGAUAAUGCUGCUCUCACGAUCAAUUGUUCUAUUUAUAAUUCCGCGGACGAGCGUCGGUGACCUGCACGCCAGUGUCUCUCACGCACAGUAAUAACAUCUUUGCUUCAUAUACAGUUUAGAAGCUUACAAAAAUAAGCAAGGAAACGGCGCAGGUCAGCACGUCAGCCAGUUCCACUACGCGGUCGUUCGAGCUGACAACAGUCGCGCCGUGACUACUUUACGAAGACAUGCCGUUCGCGCCGCUUAGUUCUGUUAUGGAGCCCAGGACGGUGAAAUUUUCCUAUACCAUGAGGAAGAUGGCUGAGUCAAAAACAGCAAAAUCCUUUGUGGACGGGCAUAUCGGUGACACUGAAGAACAGAAAUCAGCCGUCCGAAAGCGCAACCUCCUGGUCUUGAUCCUACACUACCUUCAGCACCAAGGGCUGAUGACAACUGCAGAAAGCCUCAAGACUGAAUCGACACUGAAACUUGACGAUUAUGUUCUCUGUGAUAACGUCGACCUGGAGCUAAUACUUCAAGAGUAUGAAACAUUCCAGUUCGUCAAGUUCAGAAAACAGCCACAUAUCACCCGUAAACUGGAAGAGAGUGGCACACAGAAACAUUCAAAGUCAUCACGAGCGCAUUCUACACAGGGACAGUCAACUCAAACAUCUAGCAAUGGAAGUGGGUCCUUUUGCAGCACAUUUCGGAUACGGGGCCUUCAUCGAGCAAGUAGUGACGAAAAGCACAAAUCUGAGUCACAGCUCUCUAAAGGAAAGCCUGAAAACACCUUUCGGCCAGAAAACAUCACCAUUGACAGGCGCCUGGGAAUACAGAUCUGUACACCUGGAUUGCCCCAGCUAAAGCUGCCGCAGGCCAUGGGUGCCACUUUGGGGAGUGAGUGGUUUAACUUGGUCGACAUCAUUUCAAAGGAUGUCUAUGUGGACAGUCCAAAUGUCCACUGGAAUGACAUUGUUGGCCUUGAGUCAGCAAAGCGGCUUAUCAAAGAAGCUCUAAUCUACCCAAUGAAGUAUCCAGACAUCUUUUCUGGAAUAAUGGGUCCAUGGAAGGGACUUCUGCUGUUUGGACCACCAGGCACUGGAAAGACACUCCUUGCAAAGGCCGUUGCAACAGAAUGCAAGACAACAUUCUUCAAUAUCACUGCUUCGACACUAGUCAGCAAGUGGCGAGGCGAGUCUGAAAAGCUAGUCAGGGUACUGUUCGAACUGGCUCGUCACAACUCGCCUGCAACCAUAUUUCUGGAUGAGCUCGAUGCACUGGUUGGGGCUAAAGGUGCACUAGGAAACAGUGAGAAUGAGGCCAGUCGUCGCAUGAAAAGUGAGCUUCUGAUACAGAUGGAUGGUCUCAGCAACUCUAAGGAUCAUGUCUUUGUGUUGGCCACUUCUAAUUCACCAUGGGAUCUGGACCAUGCUGUUCUUCGACGCCUGGAAAAACGUAUCCUAGUACCUCUGCCAGGCAAAGAAGCUCGCACCUUUCUUUUCCACAAGUUCCUUGAAGGCGGUCAGAGUGCCAAGAGUGGUGGCCGCCGAGAGAGUUGCUUCGUGGCUGCUGACAUUGACUACAACCUCGUCAGCGAGGCAUCAGAGGGUUAUUCGGGAUCAGACAUCAAGAUAGCCUGCAAAGAAGCAGUGAUGAAGUCCCUACGUCAAGCACUGGAAGCUGCUGAAUGCUGUGAUAAUGAGGCAGACGGAACUGACCGCAUCAUCCCUGAGCCAGUGUCAACGGAGGACAUCUUGGAUGCCAUCAAGCAGACCAAGCCCACUGGCAAAGCACUCGCAGCAAAGUUUGAAACUUGGCACCAAGAGUUUGGCUCGUCACUUUCGUAAUGUGUUCUCCUGUAACUUUCUCAAAGGCUGCAUAGCCCACAGUCAGAGCAGGCAACUGUGUUUUGUCUCUAGUGCUAAUGAUUGCAGCCAUAGAGCUUCCUACAAAAAUUACACUAGUCUCUGCAAGAGCUGCAUGUAUGGUGGUUUAGACAACAUGGAAAUGAUGGUUAGAACGUGAAUUUGACUGAACUUCAUCCUCCAUGCCUUGUGACUUUUGCAAAUAGAUAAUUUAAGUGCAAGAAUUUGCAAUGAUUAUGCAUGUGCGCGGAGACUUAUUCCUUUCCUUUGUUCGAAAAACUAUGAUUGCUUGGAAGCGAAAUUAACGCAUAAUAAAUAAUGCAACAAGAAUGUCUGAAGCCACAAGCACUGAGAUUAGACAAAUCCAUGUACUACCUACGAUUCCUGUGUUAGCUUAAUGAUUGCAGUGCCAGAGUUCUCUCUAGUAAUUUUAGUAGGAAACUAUGGCUGCAGCACUGUUAAAGCCCAUGAAAAAAAGCAUAAUUCCAACAAAACAAAGAGCAUGUUUGCUUGGUGCACAUGAACUGCAGAGGACAUUUCUACAACCAUAAUAAGAGUCUUUAUGGCCUAUGCAACAGUGUUCAAGUCUGGGUACUGUGUGGCGAGAACUGCCAUGCACACGUGAUGGCUUGGAAUUCUUUCAUUGCAUGCCUCUUUGGCUGUUACUAGUGAUGUAGUUUCGUGUUCUGCAGCUUCGGCAUUAUGCAGCUUUAACCCAUCAUAAUGUGAUGCUGUCAUGCCUUGAUAUGAGCCGUGCUCAUGUACUGUUGCGUUGAAUAUGAGCUGCAACAUGUCAGCCAUGGUUGCAUCUUGAGAAAAAAGGUGGAGAGGGUGUUGCCAUUCCAGAAAUGUGCAUACCCUCGUGCCGUACACUGUCUGCUUUCUUCGUGGAGCAACCCGCCGUGGUUGCUCAAUAGCCAUGGUGUUGGGCUGCUGAGCAUGAGGUCGAGGGAUUGAAUCCCGGCCACGGCAGCCGCAUUUCGAUGGCGGCAAAAUGCGAAAACACCGGUGUACUUAGAUUUAGGUGUACGUUAAAGAACCCCAGGUGGUCAAAGUUAUUGGAGUCCUCCACUAUGGCAUGCCUCAUAAUCAGAAAGUAGUUUUGGCACGUAGAACCUCAUAAGUUAAUUUUUUUUCUUCGUGAAGCAAUACACUGGCUCGCCAAGCAGCCAUCGUUCCAUCGUGGAUAAAAGAAAAAGUAGAAAGUUAGAGCGGCAUGGCACCAUGAUGAUGGCACUGAGGGCUUACAGGCUGUCCUGCAGGCCAAUGUAUUAUCAGUCCACGAAUAAAGCAGACACCGUAAAGCACAGGAGUAUGCGGUCAUUUCUGGAAUGGCAAAACCCUCUCUACAGUUUUUCACAAGAAUAUAGCUGUGGCCAUGGCUCAUGUGUUGCAGCUCACACUGAGCGCAAUAGUACAUCUGUAAUUAUCCAAUCACUGACCGUAGAAAUUGAGUCACUGCUGUGGUUGGGUUGUGAGCUGCUUAACAUCCUGAUCUUUAACGAUGAUCCUUGUCUACUGCUGGUACAUAUUUAAGAAAAUGAGACACUUGACACCUUUUAGGUCUAGGAAAUGCAUUUAUUAAGUGCAUUUAAGCAUGGCUCACCGUGAAUCAUCAUUUGGCUGAAGGGAGCUAGCUCUUUCAUCACAGCUUUACUAAGGGUAGCCAGUAGCUAAAUUUAAGCAGUGAAGUUUUAAAUAGUAUUUAUAGCUCUGAUGGGCUUAGCAGGAAUCACUUGAAGCAGUUACUAAAGAAGCCACAUCAUGAGCUUCCCCUACACUUGUUUCAGUAGUUGCAGUUUCGCAUAUUUUACAUUGACCUUAUAUUAAUUCUUUCUACAUCACAAGAAAUGAUGAAAAUUGUACAAAGUUUCCAGAAGCUUCCAUAAAUGUUGCACACAGGCAGCCAUGUUGAAAAAGCAGGCGGUCAAGUAGCUCAUAGUAUGAAGUAUAAAAGCUACACACAACGCCACUGACAUUGACAGUUUGCCUUCCUAUUGUCAAAAACUGCAACAAAAAGCAAACUGACAGGUUCACAUGUCAAGGUCGGUUCCCACAUAACGACUAUACUCAUAAUAUAUUAUAUUGGUACUAAUUCCAGUGACAAGUUUAUAAUCAUCAGCGGUUGUGACGGUUAAAAAAGAUAGUGUCAAAUUCAUAAGUCGCAUGAGAAUAGGAUAACAAAAAAAAUUGUUUCGCUCAAGUAUUGCAUGUUUCCAAUUCUUAUCUUGUUGUAAGGGUUUCUUACUACAUGAAUUAGAGAGGGGUGGUUGCAUGUGCAUGUGGUAUUCGACUUGGAAAGAAAGAGGAAGGAAUUAUACAAGAUCAUGAGUUCAAUUACCUUUCUUUUUAGCAAUUGGCAAAAGGUUUCUCACUGAUGCUAAAGAAACAUAAAAUCUUAACGCAACUGAAAGUUGAGCAAGUUGGUUGAGAUUCAUGUUACUGAAAGGCAGAUGUACAGACAUAAACACAAGAAGGAACAAAAAGGACAAAUGCCAGAUAAAAAGAAAAGAUCAGUAAAAGAAAUCUUUGUCUUUGACUGAGUUAACAUCACUGGUGCUGCUUCUGUGAGAGUUAGCCUGAAUAGACAAGUGCAAGGCUGAUGCAGACACUAGCGCAACCAUGCAUUGGCCGCUGAGUCAUAAGUGGCAGCAUGCAAGUACGUACACCUUUUGCCAACUGCUGCACAACAGCCUGCCAUGGCUGUUGAUCAUCAUUAUCAACCAAUAUUGAGUUCACUGUGUCACAAAGGCCACUCCCACAGAUCUUCAAUUAUUCCUGUCUCGUACGAAUCAGUUGAACCCAUCCUUUGCCCACAAAUUUUCCAUUCUUGUCAUUCCAUCUAAACUGCUGCUGUUGUUGACUAGUGUUAUGCCCUUCCCUGGGCAUCCACUCUGUUUUCUUUAACAGGCUACUGGUUGUCUGAUCUACAAACUACAUGACUUGUUGAACUGCACUCCUUCCACUUAAUCUCAGCUAGAAUAUCAACCACCCACAUUUGACCACUAAACAAUACUACCAUGUUUUCUAUCAGUCGUUUCAGUGUUAUGCUUAUCAUUUUAUGCUGUUGAGCAUAAGGUCAUGUAUUCAAUUCCUGCACCACUAGAAGCCACAUCCUGAGGGGCAUGAAAUACAAAAAUGCCUGUGUUUUUUAGGUUUAGGUGCAUGUUAAAGAACUCCAGGCAGUCUAAAUUAACCUAGAGCCCCACGCUAUAAUGUCUCCUCUUAAACUACUGUGCAGUUUAGAGACAUUAAACCACACAAUAUGAUUUCUGAUCUUUCAUUCCACUAUUAGCAGAUUCAUUAUCUCUUUAUGAAAUUUUGUUGUUACCCUCAAAGUUUCAGCAGAGUCAUUAGGGCACAAGUUGGCAAUAUGCAUUAUGUCAUUUAUGGAAGCACCUAAGCAAACUCUUAGCUCACAAGUGGUCCCCUCACUUUCAAAGGGGGCUAUUACUCCAUGCAAUUAGUUCCUGGGCAAGCCAUACACUAGUAUAUUUAGAUUAACUCUGACAGUGGCAGUACAAUAAUGUUUCCAAGAAGUUAUGGUGCACCCUACCUCAAUUAGUUGCCAUUUUCUAAAAUUACACUAGCAUGAUUAUAUUAGUAGUAAAGUACACCAGUACUUAUGGGUGUGCAUGCAGCCUGCUCAUUUCACAAAGGCCCUUUCUGUCCAACAAGCAAUGUUGCAAUCCGUGUAAGUUGCAGUAGAACAUGAACAGGCUGACUCACCAAGUGUUGCAGUCUGCUUGUGCAGGGCUUGGGACGCAUAUUUAGAGUACUCAGUACGAACAUGUUUUCCUUCAAAUUGGCUGAUUACCAAGGUUACCUUCAAUCAAGUUGAUUUGGAAAAAGUUUAGAGCUGCCUUUAUUUGUCCGUAGCAAAUAUAUGUAUUUCAUCAAGUAGCUACUAAGCCCAUUACAAAGCACUUCUUUUUAACAAAGCUGCACCAUGUUUUUGUUUUCUCUAUUCCUGUAAUACGGCAUUUACAGCCAGAGUAUGUGUUAUAGUGCACCAGAUGCCACCUGAACAAAGCAGUUUUUCAUAAGCAAAGUACAAGCAUAAAUGGCUUUCAGCACAGGCAUUGGAACAGGUCACA